AGCGCUGACACCGGACCCACAAAGCCAAACUUAGCUCUGUCACUACUUAGCCGCCCCCCCGAUGGUUUAAUCAGAUCCAUUUCCCCCGGAGGAGGGCGGCUGUAUUUAAGCUCCACGCCGAUGAUAACAUUGUUUAUUCUCCACGACUUCCUCUCCUCCUCCGUUUCUUCCUCUGAACCGAACGCGCAGAAAACACACCGCCAUCAUGUCUGAGAAGAAGAUGAACUCGAGCCGCAGGCAUCAUCUGAAGAGCCUGAUCCUGUCCAUCGCUGCCGGAUGGCUGGAGCAGGAGAAGAAGGACCUCGUAGCGGCCAAGGAGGCCUACAUGGCCCAGAACUGCCCCCCCCCAGCGAUGAGCGGAGACCAGGCCGCCCUCAUGGAAGCCUGCAAGAAGCUGCACGCCCUCAUCGACAAAGUGGAUGAAGAGAGGUACGACCUGGAGUCCAAAGUGGGCAAAGCUGAUAAAGAGAUCCAGGACCUGAAGAUCAAGGUGGUGGAUCUGGCCGGCGUGAAGAAGCCCGCCCUCAAGAAGGUGCGCAUGUCGGCCGACGCCAUGCUGAAGGCCCUGCUGGGCUCCAAGCACACGGUCAACAUGGACCUCAGGGCCAACCUGAAGCAGGUCAAGAAGGAGGUCAAAGAGGAGGCGGUAGACCCCGGCGACUGGCGUAAGAACAUCGAGGACAAAGCCGACAGGAAGAAGAUGUUCGAGACGUCCUAAAGACUCGACCUCCGCUCCUGUAGUCCCGCUCUUUGGCUGUUUUUUAGCACUUUUUAUGUUAAUUUUUGGUUGAACUGAAAUAACUUUUUGUUUCAUUAAAUCUGCAACUUUCAGCUUC